AUGGUACUGCUGCCGGCACCGUACAACGUCGACCUCAUCCCGCUCGCGCAGGUGACUCGCGCCCCUCGUGACUCCCCUGGCGGUACCCUCUGGCCACCUUCCCCCUGGCACAUGUGGUUUGACCCCACACUCCCUUCCCUUGUCACACGCCUCUAUUCCCCCCCUCGUUUUCCCUACCCUCUUCUCCCUCCCCCCUGUCCCCAUACCCCUCGGCCUUUCCCCCCGCAUGUGCCCACUGGAAGGGCCGCAGUCAUUGCUGCCACCAGCAGCCCUGCCUCCCGCCUCCCCGCCCUCCCUGCCGUGCACCGUGCCCCUCCACUCGCCCCACGCCGUGCCCCUCUCCUGGCUGCACUCCCCCCCACCCUCCCACCCCUCCUAUUCCUCCUCCACCUCCUCCUCGACCCUCCCCCCUGCAGCAUCCCCUGCCAGUGGCGGCAGCAGCGGCCCCACCACCCUCUCACCGCACCUGCUGCCGCUCCUCCACACGCCGGACCUGCCAGACCUGCCUGCACGGCAGCAGUGCAGCGCGUGCAGCGAGUGGAGGAGGCAGAAGCCAUCUUUCUGCCCUACUGGUCCACACUCGCCUUCUGCACCAACGCCAGUGAGAUCCUGGACCCCAUCAUCGCGCGAUUCGCCCACCGCCACGCCGCCACACUCGCCAGCAGCGCAGCCAACACCAGUCACGGCAGUGGGGGCAGCAGCGACAGCACAGGCAGCGAGAGCAGUGGAAGACAGGCAGGGCGCAUGCCCACCCUGGUGGUGCCGUGUGUGUACCCCCUGGCCAUGUUCAACCACUCGCUGCCCCUCGCUGCUGCCAUCAAGCUCGCUGUCGAUCUGGAGCUGCACUGGUCUCAGGCAGCAUCAUACGUCCGAGAUGUGAUGGUGCCGUACGUGCCGCUGGUGGCGCCCUUCUCUCACGACCGUGGCUCGUGGGCCUCGCGGCCCCUGCUGCUCUUCUUCCAAGGCACCACCGACCGCUGGGGGUUCAGUGGCCUUGCCUCGUUCGCUCACUCACUCUCACCAGCCAUGCACAUCCGCCUCUGCAGCACUGCUCGCUCCUCCACCUGCCUGCCUGCCAUCCCAGGCGGCAUCAUUCGGCAGCAAGUGCAGCGGGAGCUGCAGGGGCAGGCGGGGGUGGAGUUCAGGGUGGGGCGGGCGGAGAACAGCAGCAUGACGGCUCAGGCCGGCACCGCCAUGCGCCAAGCCAAGUACUGCCUGGUGCCGCGAGGCGACACCUCGUCCAGCUGUCGUCUGUUUGACGCCAUACUAUCAGGCUGCAUCCCAGUGAUAAUCAGCGAUGCACUCGACCCGCCCUUUGAGGACGUCAUCGACUACUCCGCCUUCUCGCUGCUCCUCCCCGCCGCCCUCGCUGUGCGCCCGGGGUACAUCCUAGGCGUGCUGCAUACACAGACAGAGGCCGUGUGGCGGCAGCAGUGGGUGGCCAUGCGGAAG